AUGAUAGAGACAGAUGAGCCUAAGGCCUUUGCUUGCAAAGCAUUUACUUUGGCCUUCCUAUCGCAACUGCUGCAGAAACUACACAAACAACUGGAAUCCCUUGGAUUAAAAAGUCCUGCAUACAAAUAUACACCAAGGGUACAACUGAGACAAGUUAAAGAGGAGGAUAAAAGUAACAGGAAUGAUGAAGAUGAAGACCAGAAAUUGGGAGAUACUGUGAUUGUUAAUGGGAAUAAAAGUUAUGAUGUCAACAAUGAGACUAUCUUAAAUGACAAAGACACUGACAAUGAAGAGGUUAAGAUCAAUGGAGAUGCAAAAAGUAGUAAAAAAAUUUUAACAAAACGUAGACGCCGACGGCGUGUAAUGUCCUCAGAGAGCUCUGAUCUAAGCGAUGUGGAUUCAGAGAGCAGCGAGUUUGAAACUGAUAAAUCAGCGUCCAAUGACGAAGAGGCCUCAAAUAACGAAGAACAAUCUGAUUCCACCUAUGAGUCUGAUAAUGAUUCUAAAAGUUCCAUCUAUGAUGAUAGUGACACUGAAGAUCUACCUGUAAAUGGGAAUGCCAAAAAUGACCUGCACAGCAAAACAAAAGAGUACACAAAAAUUAAAGUGGAUUCGCAAAACUGUACAUCUGAUACAAAUGUUGAUGAAACUGCAGAAUGUAAUGGAGAGAGGAAAUUAGACGUAGAAGGGAUUCAAAAUUUCUUAAUGGGCAAUAACUUCCUACCAAGUAUCAAAUUAUUGCAGGAUUGGGUUCUUACAGAGAAAGAUCUUAUACUCUCUUGUGGUGAGAGUGGUGAGUCCCUAUUUCAGUGUGUUGUGGAUCUGCUGAAUAUAUUUUUGUAUUAUUUCAACUCUAAGGGCCACAACAAGCUUCCGUCGGAGGACUGUAAAGUUUUAAAUUACGCCAAGUCAGUUGUCAAAAGAUUGAAACUUGAGUACAAGACCAUUCCAUUGCCAGAGGACAUCAAUUUAAGGGGAACAAACAUAUGCAAGUUCGACAAAGACGCGGCGGAAUGGCAAUUAUUGGCGAAGUAUAAACCGUCUCUUUACGAGGAGAAUAUUAUCAGAAUGCUUAAUUUCAUUGAUUUUGGUUACCAGAUUGCUAAGAUCGUACCAAGGAUAAGAUUCAAUAGAUCCAUGAAAAUAUUCUACUUGAGAAAACUUUUGACUCCCAAAGUCAGUACAAAAGUUAAUCAUAAGAGAAAUAGAGACUGGCACAAUUCCAAAAAACCAGUCGAAAACCGAGAGGGCGGUUUACUUCGUCGCUUGGGGCGUCUCUGGCUGGUAUCUCAAGUCAAGGAGUUGGAGCGGACCGGCCACACUCCGGCACCUUCUCUGCUUGCUCUGGACACGGCCGCUCUAUACAAACAUUUGAAGCGAGUAAAGCAACUGUUGAGAACCAGGAACUUCAUAUUCCUUGUUCCCACCAUUGUACUGCAAGAGCUGGACGAGCUGAAGCGCGAGCGCAGCUCGGCCAGGGACGCGAUCCGCUGGCUCGAGGUGCAGCUGAGGAGCGGCUCGCGAUUCGUCAGGACGCAGCGGCCCGGCCAGUCGAGGCCGCUGCCCCUGCCGCCGUCGAAGCAAGCGCGCAAACCGCCGCAGCGCGUGCCCAACUACGUGCAGAUACUAGAGUUCUGCAACCACUUCGUCGAAAGCGAGAGGGGGGCGCAAGGGCAAGGCGGCGGCGGCGACCCGGAGUCGGUGCACGGGAAGGCCGCCCCCCUGCUGGUGCUGCUCGUGGGCACCGAGCCGGGGGCGGGGCAGUGCGAGGAGCCCGGCCUGGCCGACGCCGCGCGGGCGGCGGGCGUGUCGGUCGAGUACAUCGGCGACUUCUACGCCAGGUGGCGGCAGACCGUCCACAAGAGCGGCAAGAAGAGG